AUGUUUUUGUUUUACUUCGACAUGAUGAGAGGCUUGAUUCUCUUUACGCUACUGAACCUCACUUAUAAAUACGUAGUUGCCUUCCUCUUAGGCCUCUCAGUUAUGUCCAUUUAGGAUAGCCUGUGUCUUUAUGAUUCAGAUUUGGCAGUGUGUAAUUGCGCAACUGUCCUUAUUCUAGAAAAACUAACUUAUGACGAAAUCAAAGACCAAAUUGUCAACAGAAUAAUGAGAAAUCUUAGAAGAAUGAGACAGAAGAUAGUUUAUGUGUUUGGAGACCCUUAUCUUAAAGAUGUGCCCAUUGAAGAAGCAUCUAAACUGGUAUAUCACAGAAAAGAGCCAGUCCAUAGUGAGGAAGAAAUAGUUAAAUUUAUGGAAUUUAUUCUACCCUCUAGAAUAUGUUUAUAAAAGCCCCCCUGGGAAGUACACGUGUUUCCUGAUUACAACGAUACUGAGAGUGCAGUUAUUCUUAAGAUUCAUCAUUCAAUCGGAGAUGGUCUUUCAGGCUAGUUUGCAGCUUUGACGUCUUCAGAUCAUUUUGAUCCCGAAAAUGCUCCUCCUAUAAGAAAUGUCACCAAUAAAGAAAGAUUUUUACUGACAUGCUUAGGAUUUCUAAGGUUACCUUGGGCUCUAUUCAAAUCAAUGUAUUAUUGGGCAGCUCCAAAUCCUCUGAAUUACUCUCCACAACUAAGCGGUAAAAAAGUAUGUGAAGUAUCCAAAGAUUAUAUAUUGGAGGAUAUUAAAGCAGCUUCAAAACUCAGCAAUGUUACUAUUAAUGAUUACAUAUCCUCAGUCCUUGGAGUAACUGUCUAUAAAUACUUUAACAAGCAAAAUUUUAAAACUGAUGAGGUAGUUGUGAGUAUUCCAAUCAAUAUCAGAUACUACAAACCAUAAACUAUUGAAGAAAUCUAGAUUGAUAACAAAUUUACUGUUGAAUUAGUAAAACUUCCAGUUAUGAGGGAUUUCGAUGCAACCUUGAAGACAGUCCAUGAUCUCUUUUAAAAGCUAAAAUCAUCAUCUGAUUCCUUUUCAAUUUAUAUGAUCAGUCUCAUUCUAGGCAGUAUGGUGCCAUUCUAACUGACAUAAAAGCUUAUUUAUGACAUUACCAAACAAAUUACAUUUGUAUUCACUAAUUUACCUGGACCUCAAAUGCCAAUAUACUUUAAAGGCAGAGCAAGUAAAAAAGCAUGGAUUCAUUUUAUUCCAGCAGGUCAGUGCGGUGUAUCACUAGGACUUUACUCUCAUAAUGGGAUAGUCAAACUUGGGACUUGUGUUGAUGAUGCUACUAUGAAAGACUCUAAGUAAUUCUUAAAACUUUUUGAGGAGACAUUAGAUGAAGUUCUAAUGAAUAAAUAGGUUUGA